AUGAAGAGCUCCGCGGUGGCAGUCAUCCUCGCUGGCGUGGUGGCGGCGCAGUCUUCCGUGGUCAGCAUCUUCUUUCCAGAUGUGGAUGAACAACAGCUCGUGGGAUCUAUCGUUAGCUCGGAUGCCUCCAAGACUACCAUAGCCGUAUCAUGUCCUACCGGCACGGAUGACACCGACUGCGGAUUCGCCGAUACUCUUACCGUGACCGUCGGCCCGUCGACAUUCCGCGUGGAGGAAACAUUUGAAUCAUUGACGGUCGAGCUGGAGUGCGCGCUGACAGGGACAACCGCGGCAACGUGUGAAGAAACUUAUGUCGGGCCAGCGUACAUGAUUGAUUCGGAUCAAGGAGAUUCAGCCGCGCUGACGGCCACUGCCCUCGACGACAUCAACACUCAAAUUACCACGACCGCUGUCACCACAACCCUCUCUUCGACUGAUAUAGUCUUCUUGCCUGUGACGAUCACGGCUGGCCCCGGCUCAGGAGCAGUGGCAAGUGCAAGUGCGAGUGCGAGUGCAAGUCCCAGCGCAUCUACGGCGUCGACAACAGCAGCAAUAUCGCCCUCGACACACGGCGGCACCUCAUCGGGAGGUCCUUCAACGACCACGAGUGGGAGCACCACACCUUCCGUGGACAGCAACAGUGGCGCCGGAAAAGUAGAUGCGCGGCUUUUGGCAGUGAGCGCUGCAGGUGUUGGGCUUGUCGGAUUGAUCGUCACGUUGCUGUGA